AUUUUUUGAUUGCAAAAUUCAUUUACUGACAAUAUUCGUUUGAAUGCGUGACUUCAAAAACUUGGAAUACAAAAAUUCAACUUUGGGAACCACUGAAAUGUUGGGUAUCACUAAAUGAGAACAAUCAUGGGUAGAUAUUUCAAGAGUGAUCCAAUACGAGUUAUUUGAGACCACGAGCACCCCUCUACCCCCCUUGGGUUAUAGGAUUUAUUGGCCAAAACAGAUGACAACGGAGGUGCUCAAUUUUCACAACUUUGGGAACCCCUGGAUCGGUUUUGCAAUUCGAUCUCAAAAAUGUAAUGGUGGUUUCGGGGUCGGGAAAUGGUCUCCUUUCGAAGGAAUAUCGCAAAAAUUUUAUAUCUUUCCGAUGCCAUUGUUUUGAUAAUUUUCGCUUUGGUACCCCUACUAAAAGGCUCUUUUCAGGAAUUUCCCAACGAAUAGAAAUCUUAUAAUUUUUUGAAGUUUUUGCCUCGAGUAACGUGAUUGGCAGAAAGCAAAAAAAAAAAAUAAAUAAAUAAAACUAAAAAGUAUGCCUCCUUCGAAAUUAGCCCAAAUAUGAAUAACCUCGUUGAACAAGCUGCUAAUAAGUCACAACUAAAUUUUCAGAAGUCCAAAUUAAUUUCAUAGUAUUCUGAACUAAUUCUAAAAUCCCUGCGGAAUCGAAAAUUGCGCUGAAGGCUCCAGAAAUCUAGAAUGGGCAGAAAUGGUGAUCAACUGAACAGGUAGCCUAUUUUUUUCAAGCUAAAUCACCUACACUUCCGGUUAAUUUUGAGUGUUCAGAAAUUUUCUAAAAAUUGAAAAGUCGAUUUGAGCAGCUGAAUUUCCCAAUUCACUCAAAACUAAUUUCACCGUACGAAAGCAGUGAAAGCACCUCAACAUUUGAUUAAGAAUUAUAUUCGUUAAAGUUUUCAAAGGUAGGAAGUUGAAAUUUUCUAUUGGAAGCCUCAAAUUUCAAUCAAUCGACAACCAAAUUUAUCCUGUGAAAACUUCCAUCUAUUAGUUUACCAGACCCACUAUCAUGAAAAGUUCGAAAAUUCAUUUGGACGAAAAGUUUUCUGCAAUAUUGAAAAUAUUAAAUGUUGAAAUUUUUAAAAACAUCAAAACAUAGGGCCAAAACGAUCAACAAAUAAGAAAAAGAUUUAAUGGAAUGUUUUCAACUGGAUCAACUAAAUCAAUUACAAUUAAAAGUUGAUACAGAAUCAUUGCGAAAUUACGGAAGUUGAAGCGAGUGAUAUUUCAAAACUUCACACAAAGUACAUAUAAGAAUUUAGAUAAACAGUCAGUUUAAUCACAUCUGUUUCGGUUUUAAUUUCAGUAUUCGUUUAAUAGACUUCAAAUUUACGAUUCUGAUAUGUAAAUACUUAACUAAUAUUUUUUUGGUAAAUGCCAUUUUGAAAUAAAUUAAAAUACUCUGAUUUCCUUUUCCCUCCCAUUGAAACAAACAUGGAUCAUUUCUACCUAACUUGGAUGGUAUUUUUCGCACUCUAUUGCAGUAGUCAAAGUGAACCCUUGGAGCCUAUUUAUUUAAAUACUGAUUCUGGACAUAGAAUCCGAUGCGAUACGUAUUCUCAAGUUUACGAAAUAAACUAUGUAUGGGCCAUUCAUCAGUUCAGUAAUUACGAAAUACUCAACGCUAGUGAAAUUCUAUCACCCAAAUUACAUUCACCACAAACUGAUAGAUACGAUUGGGACAUCCAAAUUAAGCCUAACUACAUUCAUGAGGGAAAUAAAGCGAUCGCUCUAUUUGUUUAUUUAUCCGGCGGAAGCAUAAUCCGAGAAGCAUUAGCAGACUUCAAUAUUUCAAUAAUAAAUCACAAGGAAGAAAUAUUAUUCAACCGAACGACAUCGCACUCAUUUUCAGCCGGAGGCGGUUGGGGAUGGCGUCACUACUGCAGAAGAGAUGAUUUUUUCACACAUCAUUUACUGCAAAAUGACACAUUAACACUGCUAAUCAACUUAAGAUGGUUUUCUCAACCUUGUAAUAACGUUUCCCACGAACGCAAUCCAUCGCCGACUCCCAUACACGAAACUACCACUAUUCGACUCAAUCACUCAGGCCAUUUUGAAUCGUCGCAAGAAAAUCCGAAAGUCACAGAUGUACGAGUACAUAGAAGGAAUAAUAGCAAUUUGCAAUCGAUGCUCCAGCUCGAAACUCUGAAACACUCGGACGUAGUAUUUACAACGAAUGGCAGCAAUUAUCCAGCUCAUAAAGCUAUUUUGGCCGCACGAAGUCAAAUUUUUGCCGCCAUGUUUCAACGUAAAGAUACGAAAAAUGGAAAAAAUAAAACGAUUCGAAUAAACGUCAAACAAAUGAACGAAGAAGUACUCCGUGCUAUGCUACAAUACAUUUAUACCGGAAAGUGUGAAAAUUUAGCCAAACUAGCGGAUGAAUUGUUUGUAGCUGCUUCCAAAUAUGGUUUGGACGACUUGAGAAAAAUCUGCGAGCAAAGACUUUGUGAGACUUUGUCGGCAGAGAAGGCAGAAGAUAUGUUUGUAUUUGCCAAAAAACACCAUGCCAACGAACUGAAGUUCAAAGCUGCCCAAUUUAUAGCAAACAAAGUUCAAAAGUUGAAUGCAACGGGCUAGGAAUUGAAUGGCUCAGAUGAUCAACAUGAGUCCGGCAAAUGUUUGAUUUACCGCACACAUCCUCAUACAAAUCAAUCAACUUGCAUUUAAUUACUACAUAUUAUAAUCAACUUGUAAAUCUGUUAAUUUAUGUCUGAUUUUCAAAAUGUA